AUGGUUGAUUACAAGGCAUUUUGCACGGCCGUUGUAAAUGGCGGCAUUAUGAAUGAGAAUUAUAACCCGGUGGAGCGUAGAUGCAAGGGGGCAAAGAAGCGGAAUCUGAAGGUUUUGCAGAAAGGUCCAAAAUCACUGCAAGCAAGCGACUUACCAAACCACAGUUCCGUAGAUGGGACAGGGAUCCAUAUUUCUGGUCCUGAGCAAGUAAAACUAUCUGCAGUGUCAGGUGGGGCAAAUUCUGGAGGGCAGAUUCAGGCAUUGACUGAACAGAUUCAAGAACUCAAGCUUUCAGUGGAUCAGUUGGAUAAAGAAAGAGAGUUCUACUUUGCAAAAUUACGUGACAUUGAAAUCCUUUGCCAAUCUCCUGAGUUGGAAAAACUUCCGGUGGCUGAUGCGAUUCGAAAGAUUCUAUAUGCGGCUGAUGCAAAGGAGUCUGCUCUUGCUGAAGCUCAAGAACUCUUAACGACAGCGAUGAAUGCUGUAAUCGGAGGAGACGGCGAUUCUGACUAGACAAACAAUGACAUUUUGUCUAGCAAGGCCAGGCAAGGGACAACUCGGCCGUCCCUAACCAAUGGUCCAGCAUUGGCUCCUGUCCUUUACGCCUAUAAGGGACGAAGAACCCAGACUACUUGCAAAAAUGGGACUUUGUUUUUUCUUUCUUUCCCCCGUUAUUAUCCUUUGCAUAUUUGUUUUUCUCUAAUGUGCUGGAUGUUUUGCUAAUUUCCAUCAUCACUAAUGGAUAGCAUGUUGUUGGAAGAAGUUCCACAUUAACUAAUCACCAUUACCCACCCUGCCCAUGAUUGAAUCAUAUCAUCGAAAAGGGUACAUUGAUGAUG